AUGAGCCAGAAAAUCUUGCGGUAUAUCCACGUGACCGGCGGUGCAUGUUGGAAAGUCAAGGGUAUUCUGGAAAUAACCCCGAGAGAAGCGGUUUUGAAUUUCGGCGAUUUCGCUGACGACGAAAAUCAGAUGUUCCUCUGGCAUGGCACGAAGGCCGUGAAUUUAAUAAGUAUUCUGAAGGAUGGCUUCCUUGUGAAUCCGCGCAACACUUCUAUUACGGGUAGACUCUUUGGAGAUGUGAGUUCUUACCAAACAAAACGAUCACAAUGUUUUACCGUACGAAGAGCCUUCUUGGAACCUUUGAGGACUGUCUUUAGUACAGCAAAAGGGUCUGUUUCGCUUGAGGGAGGGAGCUCGUAUUUGUUCUUAUUCAUCUGA